AGGUGUGGAUGUCAUACUUCUCAUUCCAUUGAUAAUCGCUUCUGGUGUCAUGGCCGAAUUGAUAUUCGGGGGCCGAUGUACUGCCUGGUGACAGAGCUGGCCAGUGAUGGUGACUUGUCCACGUACAUCAAGUACCAUAAAUGAGAAAGCGGCUCGACGUUUCGGAUGACAACUUAUCUUGCGCAAACAUGGAGUCGUCGACCGGUUCCACAAGAAUACGAAGCAAUGCACCAGCGUUUGUUAACAUUUAUAGUGCUCCAAAUGGCCACCUUGAUCAGAAACGAACUCUUAACAUCUGAACAACGAUACAUUGCUCUGUGCUUGAGGUCUGUCAUACGUCGAAACUUCACACCAGGACAAUCUCUGAUCGUGUCAUUUCCGAAAAGCGGGUGUCAAGGAUCUCAAACAUCGCCAAAGUGUGACUCCUCACAAUUAGUUAAUUUCGUCUUGGAAAACACACAUCAGGACGUACUUUGGCCACUCCAAGUGUUUCAGACAGAAUUUUUAAAUCUCGAAAUGUCAGAUGAGCAACUUCGCAUACACCACAAUUACGUGAUUUUCACGUGGCCAGAAGAAUUUGACGUAAUUGGUACUUUAGUCACACAGCUGGAGAAACUGCAGUCUGUCGUGUCUUGGAACCCGCGAGCGAAGUUCUUUAUCGUUGUAACUGAAAAUUAUAUCAGUCCCGCUAACAUAUUGGCUCUCAAUAUUUGUGAAACAAUGUGGAACAUUAACAGAAUUGUCAAUGUUGUUGUAAUGGUUCCAGAUCCUGAUUACCCGAGGCUGGGCGCAAGAAUCCAUAUUUUGAAUUUAUAUACGUGGUUCCCGUACGAAGCAAAAAGUUGUGCGAAGCUAACGAACGUUGUUCUAAUGGACCAGUGUUUGCCUGAUGGCGACGGACAAUUGUCCAACAACGCACUUCUGUUCCCUAACAAAAUUCCUAAUAAUCUUCAAGGUUGUCCAAUCAGGGUAUCUACUUCAGAGUUGAUACCUUACGUGAUUUCAACAAACACUUACGUGGAUUCAGACGGAAGCACUGUUUACAACUACAGGGGUUUGGAAAUAGAGUAUCUUCUCCUUUUAACCGAAGCAGCAAACCUGACGGUUGUGUAUCUCCCGCUUGCAGAAGGCGAUGUGAAGGACACCCAUCUACAGCAGUUAGUGGAGGUAUCCAUGGGAAUAUCUGACGUUGCUAUUGGUCACUUCCCUUUGAACUCAAUUCUCAUUCCAUUCGCAGACCCUACAAUAACAAUUGUGUUUGAUGACCUGAGAUGGUAUGUCCCAUGUCCCAAACCUGUCCCGAGAGUGGAGAAAGUUAUGGGAUUGUACACUUUACCUGUUUGGUUCUGUAUCGCCUUAGUAUUCAUUCUGACUGCUCUUACUUUCUGGCUGUCAGCUAAUGCCCCCAACAUCACUUUGGUGACCGAAUCAUCAACUUACAGAGAUAUGUUGCAGUGCAUCUGCGUCGUUUGGUGUGUUUCAUUGGGUACGCCUGUGCCAAAGAUGCCAAGAAGCCCCAAACUUAGGGCCCUUUUUACCCUCCUUCUGUGCUAUUGCUUUGUAAUGGGCAUUGUGGCCCAAGCCUUUUUCGUUUCCUUCCUUAUAAAUCCAGGCUACCACAAUGAUAUAAAUAACUUUGACGAACUCGUGGAGUCAGGGUUGGUAUAUGGCAAAGAGGAUAGUCUGGAGUUCUUCCUUCGUCUCGCAGAUUAUCAUGAACAAGAGAUGUUCAGAUCUCAUGUAGACUGUUCUGAUCGACAUAAAUGUCUGGAGCGUUUGUUUGUAGAGGGAGAUAUCACAAUGUUGUCCCCGAUAAUUGAUGUGGUCUACGUUCUAUCGCAUAUGGGCAUGGCUAAAAUUAAAAAAGUACUGUGCACGUUGAAUGAUAACGUAUUUCCUUUAGACAUUUCCAUAUAUCUAACUAAGGGUCAUCCUCUUUUGGAUUUAUUCAACGUGGCCAUCAGACGUUGUACAGAAUCAGGGCUUGUUGUAAAAUAUUGGUCCGACCUGAUAUUUUAUACUAAUUUACAAAAUGUGGACAGAUUUAAAGAACGAGGAUGUGAAGUCUGCAGUGACAUGUACUUCGUGUUUACACUUUCCCAUCUAAAAGUUUCUUUCUUUGUUCUUGUAUUCGGGCUUGUAGUGGGUUUCAUUGUGUUUGUGGCCGAAUUAGUUUACAGGUGUCGUUCUGAAUCACACAGACUGUCCACGAGCAAAUACGGGCACUGACUCGGUCGGGUCAAUAACUACUGCAGUUUCUCUCCGAAAAAUGUUUGAUCAUGAUUGAAAACUGCAUGGAAGUUUCUGAAUACGUUGCACCUCACGUGUGUGUUGAUGUUAACAACGACCUAUGGUCAGUAGUUUAUAAACUGCAGGAUAUCCAUACCUGACAGUCUUCAAAAUUGAUUUGUUGUGUCUAAGACCUGCUCUACGUUAGGGGUAGACUAUAUAGCUCAUACUACAACACACAGACAGCCAACUUGCAGUGGCAAGAAAUCUCGAAGAAUUACAAAGAUUCCGAGGAUCAACGUAGAUUUUCUUAGUUUUUAGUGUAAAAGAUGAUCUGUUUAUU